AUGGCUGAUGCUGCAGUGGUGUGUAGAGAGCUGGACUGUGGAGAACCUGUAGAUGCUCUGGAGUCUACACUGAAAAAAUGUGGCACAUCAGGAUGGAGUAAAAGCGACUGUGAUCAUAAUGAAGAUGCUGGAGUCAGAUGCUCAGAAGUCAGGCUGGUUGGAGGUUCUCGCUGUUCUGGGAGGUUGGAGAUACUUCAUAAUCAGACGUGGAUGUCAGUGUGUGACGCUGUCUUUGACCAGCAGGAUGCAGAGGUUGUGUGUAGAGAGCUGGACUGUGGGGCUCCUGUACAGGUGCUGGGAGCAGCUGCUUUUGACAAAGGAAACGCUCAGAUGUGGACACAAGAGAUUCAGUGCAGAGGAAAUGAGUCUCAGAUUCACCUCUGUCCAACAUCACCAUCAGUCGAAAGCAACUGUUCACAGGACAACAAUGUUAGACUGGUGUGUGCAGAUUCAAUGAAUGUGCGGGUUGUUGGUGGUAACAGUCGCUGUGCUGGUAGAGUGGAGGUUCUUCACAGAGGUCAGUGGGGAACAGUAUGUGACGAAGACUGGGAUUUGGCUGAUGCUGCAGUGGUGUGUAGAGAGCUGGACUGUGGAGAACCUGUAGAUGCUCUGGGUGAUGCUCAUUUUGGACCAGGAUCAGGACCAAUCUGGAUGAGUGCUUUUUGUUCUGGAAUGGAAUCUACAUUGAAGAACUGUAGAUCAGCAGGAUGGGGAACGCACACAUGUACUCAUAAUAGUGAUGCUGGAGUCAUCUGCUCAGAUCAUAAACAUUCCAGACUUAUUGAUGGACCUCACCUGUGCUCUGGAAGAAUAGAGUUGAAUCAUGGGAACACAUGGUACACAGUGUGUGACGCUGUCUUUGACCAGCAGGAUGCAGAGGUUGUGUGUAGAGAGCUGGACUGUGGGGCUCCUGUACAGGUGCUGGGAGCAGCUGCUUUUGACAAAGGAGACACUCAGAUGUGGACACAAGAGAUUCAGUGCAGAGGAAAUGAAUCUUAUAUUUCUUUCUGUCCAACAUCAUCUUUUAAACACAACUGUACCAAUGAGAAUGCCAUUGGGCUGUUAUGUUCUGGUCACACCGAUCUUAGACUGGUAAACGGACCAGACUCCUGUUCUGGUCGAGUUGAACAUCAGUAUCUCAGUAAAUGGGGAACAGUGUGUGAUGCAUGCUGGGAUAUGAGAGCUGCCAGUGUCCUCUGUAGACAGCUGAAUUGUGGGAUUGCUGUGUCUGUUGUGGGAUCCGACUGGUUUGGAGAGGGAAGUGGUGAAAUCUGGGCUGAUGUGUUUGAUUAUUCCUCUCUGGCUCUUCAUGAUGGUCUGGUGCGGUUGUCUGGAGAGAGACAGUGUGAGGGGGAGCUGGAAGUUUUCUUCCAUCAGGUCUGGAGGAGAGUUCUGCUGGACUCCUGGAGUCUCACUGAAUCCUCUGUGGUCUGCAGACAGCUGGACUGUGGCUCUGUGCUGGACUUCUACGGCUCCUCUUCAUCCAGUCCUGAACACAGUCAUGAGUGUGUGAUGGGCUUCCAGUGCUCUGGGAGUGAAGCUCAUCUGGGGAACUGCAGCUCUCCACAAUCUCUCAACUGCAGCUCCACACAACAGCUGUACAUCACCUGCCUUGGUCGUGGGUCCAUCAGGCUGGUGGGUUCUGGGGGACACUGUGCAGGGAGGCUGGAGGUUUUUCACAGCGGCUCAUGGGGGACAGUGUGUGAUGACUCCUGGGAUAUUAAAGAUGCCCAUGUGGUGUGCAGACAGCUGCAGUGUGGAGUGGCCCUCAGUAUCCAGCAGGUACCAGCCUGGUUUGGUCCUGGUUCUGGACACAUAUGGCUGGAUGAGGUGGAGUGUGAGGGGAAUGAGACGUCCCUGUGGAGCUGCUCUUCUUCAGGCUGGGGAAAACAUGACUGUCAGCACAUGGAGGAUGUAGGAGUCGUGUGCUCAGAGUUUAAAGAGAUCAGAUUAACUGAGGGCUGUGAAGGGAAUGUGGAAGUUUUCUACAAUGGAUCCUGGGGUAAUGUGUGUUACAACCAGAUGGACAGAGACACAGCGAGUCUGAUCUGUCAAGAGCUGAACUGUGGAAGAUCUGGCAAUGAACCCAUUUAUUCAGAGGGACUGAAGCCUCAUAAUUGGCUGGAUUAUUUUAAAUGUCGACGACAUGAUUCCACUUUAUGGCAGUGUCCAUCUUCACCCUGGGGACAGAAUAACUGUGAUGACGAAGUGGCCAAGAUCACUUGCUCAGAGGAGGAAAGUCAAGAAUCUCUUCGAAGUCGUCUGACAUGUUCAGCAUCUUCUUAUCAGAGAAAGUGUUCAAAUCAUGUUCCUCUCAGACUGAGUGGAGGUAAGGGCCGGUGCUCUGGGAGGCUGGAGGUGUAUCAUAACGCUGUGUGGGGCUCAGUCUGUGAUGAUCAGUGGGACAUCAGCGAUGCUCAGGUGGUCUGCAGGCAGCUGGGUUGUGGAGCAGCACUGAGGGCUGAUGGGAAUUCAUCUUUUGGUUCUGGUGAAGGUGUUGUGUGGAUGAACAAAGUCGAGUGCAGAGGGAAUGAGAUUCACCUGUGGGACUGUCCUCUUUCCCUGAAAAACCACACUGACUGCUCCCACAAAGAGCAAGCUGUACUCACAUGUGCAGAUGUUUCAGUGUCCUCUACUCCUGCCACAACAUCAGCUUCUCCUCCAGUUUCUCCUCCAGUGCGCUCAACAUCAGUCUCUCCUCCACAAACUCUCUCCGUCCCCCCAGUGCUUGUGAUUGUUCUGGUAGUUGUGCUCUUACUGCUCUUAGUGCCACUGCUUAUACUGAUUCAGCAGAACAGAGUGAUGAGGAGAGUGGACACACCAGAGAAUUAUGAUGAUGUCAUUAUUAAUGGACAGUGCUCUCAGCGUGCAACAGAGGGAGAUCAGGAGGAGUAUGAUGAUGUGUGGAGUAUCACUGAAGAUGUGAUAAACCUGUUAGAAAGUGCUAUGCUGUCUUCUAGCCAACAUGAGGAGGAUUUGGCUGAAAAGGUGAAGAGGAUUAUUCAGAGCUUUCACAGCCAGCCUGCCCUGUGUAUGUGGAACUGCUGGAGGAUAUGGAGCAUGCUACUGCUAGAGAGAAUGAAUGUGAGGUUGGUUGGUGGUAACAGUCGCUGUGCUGGCAGAGUGGAGGUUCUUCACAGAGGUCAGUGGGGAACAGUGUGUGGUGAUUUCUGGGAUAUGACUGAUGCUGCAGUGGUGUGUAGAGAGCUGGACUGUGGAGAACCUGUAGAUGCUUUGACUGAUAAUCACUUUGGACAAGGAUCGGGACCCAUCUGGAUUAGUGCAUUAUGUAUUGGAUCAGAGUCCACGCUGAAGAACUGUCAUAGGCCUUCCAGACUUGCUGCUGGAUUUCACCUGUGCUCUGGGAGGUUAGAGAUACUUCAUAAUCAGACGUGGAUGUCAGUGUGUGACGCUGUCUUUGACCAGCAGGAUGCAGAGGUUGUGUGUAGAGAGCUGGACUGUGGGGCUCCUGUACAGGUGCUGGGAGCAGCUGCUUUUGACAAAGGAGACACUCAGAUGUGGACACAAGAGAUUCAGUGCAGAGGAAAUGAAUCUCAUAUUUCAUUCUGUUCAAUAUCAUCACACAAACACAACUGCAGCAGUGACAUUAAUGUGGGCCUUAAAUGUUCUGGAUACAUUGAUCUCAGGCUGGUAAAUGGCUCAGACUCUUGUUCUGGAAGAGUGGAGCUUCAGUUCCUAAAUGAGUGGGGCACAGUGUGUGAUGCAUGCUGGGAUAUGAGAGCUGCCAGUGUCCUCUGUCGACAGCUGAAUUGUGGGAUUGCUGUGUCUGUUGUGGGAUCCAACUGGUUUGGAGAGGGAAAGGAUGGCUCCUCUUCAUCCAGUCCUGAACACAGUCAUGAGUGUGUGACGGGCUUCCAGUGCUCUGGGAGUGAAGCUCAUCUGGGGAACUGCAGCUCUCCACAAACUCUCAACCGCAGCUCCACACAACAGCUGUACAUCACCUGUCUUGGUCACAGGUCCAUCAGGCUGGUGGGUUCUGGUGGAGACUGUGCAGGGAGGCUGGAGGUUUUUCACAGCGGCUCAUGGGGGACAGUGUGUGAUGACUCCUGGGAUAUUAAAGAUGCCCAUGUGGUGUGCAGACAGCUGCAGUGUGGAGUGGCCCUCAGUAACCAGCAGGUACCAGCCUGGUUUGGUCCUGGUUCUGGACACAUAUGGCUGGAUGAGGUGGAGUGUGAGGGGAAUGAGACGUCCCUGUGGAGCUGCUCUUCUUCAGGCUGGGGAAAACAUGACUGUAAUCACAAGGAGGAUGUAGGAUUAUCAAGAGUGAAAUCAGCUAUUAACUGGUUGGAUGAAGUGAAAUGUCGACCACAUGACUCAAACCUGUGGCAAUGUCCAUCUUUACCAUGGGGACAAAAUGACUGUGAUGGAGAUGAAGUGGCCAAAAUCACCUGCUCAGAACAGGAGAUUCAUGAGUCCCCUCGUAGUUAUUUGACUUGCUCUACAUCUUCCUACCAGAGACAGUGUUCAGAUCAUGUUCCUCUCAGACUGAGUGGAGGUAAGGGCCGGUGCUCUGGGAGGCUGGAGGUGUAUCAUAACGCUGUGUGGGGCUCAGUCUGUGAUGAUCAGUGGGACAUCAGCGAUGCUCAGGUGGUCUGCAGGCAGCUGGGUUGUGGAGCAGCAUUGAGGGCUGAUGGGAAUUCAGUCUUUGGUGCUGGUGAAGGUGUUGUGUGGAUGAACAGAGUCGAGUGCAGAGGGAAUGAGAUUCACCUGUAGGACUGUCCUCUCUCCCUGAAAAACCACACUGACUGCUCCCACAAAGAGCACGCUGGACUCACCUGUGCAGGUCACAGCAAAA